CUAGGAGGGAAAGCAUCGAGACGAACGAUUCCGUCCAGCACGGUAACCCUGGGAACUCGACCAAAGGCCUCGACGCCUUCUCGGGCUGAACGGCCCCCGUUCAGCAACCCGACCGUCACUCCUGAAUUGGGGGACGGGCGCGGGCGUGCCUUGAUCCUCUCGUCUUUGGGUUGCAUCACCGAAUUGUAACGGAGGACUGGUACACAACCCCUCAAGAUGGGUACAACGGAGUCGGGCACGAGCAGCAGUAGCAGCUCGGGCUCAAGAAUGCCCAAGUUCCAGGUCGGAUGGUACCGCUUCAUACCGUUCCUGGGAUAUCACCACGUGCUGAUGAUUCUCAUCGCCGUCGCCAUAAUCCUACUAUCUCUACUAUUAGCAGGCUGUUCAUCAUCAUCACCGCUAAUUCCCGACAUCUUCCUCCUCUCUCUCUACUACAAAUCAUACACGGCGAAGCCCGACACGGCGCAAGUUGACUACAACGUGCACACCGCUAUCGAAAACAUCGCUGGUGACGCCCACCUGGCUGCUCGUGUCGGUUACUUCGGCAUCUGCAUCAACCCGGACGGUGGUUCGUGGCUGUGCAGUAACAAUGCCACCGCUCUCGCCAAGGAGGUUUCCGUCGACCAAGAUCCGCUCAACCUGAUCUGGUUGGCCGCCCAGUUUAAGGAUAUGAUUGUGUUUCCUUAUUUGAUAAUCAUCGCCAUCAUCUUCGCCUUUGUCUGUCUCCUGCUCCUCGCCACUUUCCCCGGAUGGCACGAGGAGGAGGAUUCCGAGGGUUCCGAACGCGAAGUCAAGCCUUUCCCCUCGCGAUUCGUCUCUCAAAUCGCCCUCGCAAUAAUUUUCAUCGCCUCCAUCUUCGUCCUUGUGUCCGUACUGUGGCAACACACUGCCUCAGUGGCCGCCUCGGUCAUUGCCCAAGAUUUCGGAAACGGUGCUGUUCGCAGCGGAGUCGGUACCAGCGCCAUGGUUUUGGGUUGGUUCUCCUUUGCCCUGCUCAUCAUUGUCACCAUCGGAUUGCUUGUGAUGAUUCUCAGCAUGAGCGUCCUGAGCGCAAUGGUGUAGGGCGCCGAAGUGAAGUAACAAUGGACGAGCAGAGCGACUGUAAAUACGCCGACACAUGAGUGGACUGGCACGGCGAGGGUAAGAUCAAGACAGGACGACCAGGAGAUUGAGCAUCAGCAUCGGCGUUACUAGGGAACCUU